UUUAUUGUAUUUUCCUCUCACUUUCUUCAAGAGCUUCCGGCUUAUAUGAAUAUGAAUACAUGAAAAGAAUGACUGUGUCAAAGUCACACUGAGUGAGUGUAAUAACCAUCAAAUUUUUCAAAUCUCCAAUUUAUCUGUUUUAGGGUUAGGGUUAGGGUUCGUCAUUCCAACAAAAUGGGUUUCAACAUUCAAUCCUACGGUAUGCAAUCGAUGCUCAAGGAAGGUCACAAACACCUUUCUGGUCUCGACGAAGCUGUUCUCAAGAACAUCGAUGCUUGCAAACAACUUUCAAUAAUCACUCGAACUUCUCUUGGCCCAAAUGGUAUGAAUAAGAUGGUUAUAAAUCAUUUGGACAAGCUUUUUGUCACAAAUGAUGCAGCGACGAUUGUGAAUGAACUUGAAGUUCAGCACCCUGCUGCCAAAAUUUUGGUUUUGGCUAGUAAGGCUCAACAAGAGGAAAUUGGGGAUGGAGCAAAUUUGACUAUUUCGUUUGCUGGGGAGCUAUUACAAGGCGCAGAGGAACUUAUUAGGAUGGGUUUGCACCCGAGUGAGAUCAUCAGUGGAUAUACUAAAGCAAUCAAUAAGACAGUUGAAAUAUUAGACGAACUGGUGGAGGAAGGCUCAGAGAACAUGGAUGUGCGUGAUAAGGAACAAGUUAUUUCCCGAAUGAGAGCAGCAGUUGCUAGCAAGCAAUUUGGUCAAGAGGAUACCCUAUGCUCACUUAUUGCUGAUGCUUGCAUCCAAGUUUGCCCAAAAAACCCUGCAAACUUUAAUGUGGACAAUGUUCGUGUUGCAAAGCUCUUGGGAGGUGGUUUGCAUAACAGUGCAGUGGUUCCUGGAAUGGUUUUGAGAACUGAUGCUGUUGGGACUAUAAAGCACACUGAAAAUGCAAAGGUUGCUGUAUUUGCUGGUGGUGUUGAUACUUCUGCAACCGAAACUAAAGGAACUGUCCUCAUACAUUCAGCUGAGCAGCUAGAAAACUAUUCAAAAACUGAAGAGGCGAAAGUAGAGGAGCUUGUCAAGGCAGUAGCAGAUUCUGGUGCCAAAGUGAUUGUCAGUGGUGGAGCAGUAGGAGAGAUGGCUUUGCAUUUUUGUGAACGUUACAAGCUUAUGGUUUUGAAAAUCAGUUCAAAGUUUGAACUUCGUCGAUUUUGCCGAACAACUGGUGCUGUCGCAAUGCUGAAACUUAGCCAACCAAAUCCAGAUGAUCUUGGGUAUGCUGAUUCUGUUUCAGUCGAGGAAAUUGGUGGCGCCAGGGUGACCAUUGUGAAAAAUGAAGUUGACGGAAAUUCGGUGUCCACUGUUGUUUUACGAGGAAGUACCGAUAGUAUCCUAGAUGAUCUUGAAAGAGCAGUUGAUGAUGGAGUGAACACUUACAAGGCCAUGUGCAGAGAUAGCCGCAUUGUACCUGGAGCUGCCGCAACUGAAAUUGAGUUAGCUAAAAGGGUGAAAGACUUUUCCUUCAAGGAAACAGGAUUGGAUCAGUAUGCUAUAGCGAAAUUUGCUGAAAGCUUCGAGAUGAUUCCGAGAACUUUGGCUGAGAAUGCUGGACUAAAUGCAAUGGAGAUUAUAUCUUCUCUUUAUGCAGAACAUGCAUCUGGAAAUACCAAAGUUGGCAUUGAUUUGGAACCAGGUGUUUGUAAGGAUGUCUCAACCAUGAGAGUCUGGGAUCUCUAUGUCACUAAGUUAUUUGCUCUUAAAUACGCUGCAGAUGCUGCAUGCACCGUACUACGAGUUGAUCAGAUUAUUAUGUCAAAACCUGCUGGUGGCCCAAGGAGAGACCAACCUGCUCCUGGAAUGGAUGAAGACUAACUGAUUGGUAAAAAAUAAUCACUUGCUUAAGAAAUUUUGAAUUAAAGGAUCAAUGGUCUGUAAAUUUAAUUUUAUUCUUCUUUUUGAGUGGUGUUUAGCUCGACUAUCAUUGCCUUGGCAUUUUGGAUUUUCUUUUUCUUUUUUUUGCUAUAUAUAUAUAUACACUGUUAUUUGGGAAUUUUGUAGUGUGUAGUAGACUACUAGAUUUUGAAUAUAUAAACAAAAAAAUCAGGCUUCAUUAGUGCCAAAA